GAUAGUUUAGCCCCUGCAGCCCUCCCACUCAAUAGAGAAAAUAUUGACGGUGUUAUGGAUGACGGUGUGUGGGGUUCCCCUCCUCAUCCACCAAUUGUAUUUUAUGGCAACACGAGAUCAAUUUAGACCUGUCGUUGAACAAAGAGACAUCAUGGCCGCAUCAAACAGCCGACGGGACUUGCCGUCAAAGUUAUGGGUCCCAAUUAUCGUUAUUGUCGUGGUAGGACUGCAAGUAGCUUCAACAACUGGACUCCUCGUCUUCUUGAACAUGUCAGUUGCUCAGGUGAGGAGCCAGGGGGUGGCUGAGGAGUUACGCUGCCUGGGGCUUCUGAAUGCCCUGGAGAAAGACCAGGAGAUACCUGAGUCUCUGGUUCAACUGUUUGGGGAGCCCUGCAUCAAAUUGGCCCAGGGAAUCAGGGCCUAUAUUACCAAGGUGACAGAAAGUAUUAUUUCAAAACACGCCGUUCCAGAACCCAGCGUCCAGCCAAGAACCAAGCCAGUCAGUGCUGUAGGGCAUCAGAAGCCCUCUGCUCAUCUCACACUCCGAGACAGUGGCUUACAGGGCCCUAUAUCCCUGGCACCUCAGAAAGACCUGCAUCAGUCCUGCCGCCACCCAGUCCGGUCCUGGGGUAACCAGAGUUUCGGCUCCCAUCUCCACAACAUGACCCUGUCUCACGGGCGCCUCCGCAUCCCCCGGUCCGGACGCUAUUACCUGUAUGCCCAGGUGUACUUCCGCUACCCCUCCCUCACCCACGAGGGGGGUAACCACCAUGGGGGCACCUCCAGCUACCAGCUGGUCCAGUGUGUUUACAAGAAGACGUCAUACGCCAGGCCCCUUCAGUUGCUGAAGGGGGUGGGCACCAAGUGCUGGGCGCCUGACACUGAGUAUGCCCUCCACUCUGUCUACCAGGGAGGCCUGUUUGAGCUGAGGGCCGGGGAUGAGAUCUUUGUUUCUGUGUCGUCGCCUACAGCCGUGCACGCAGAGGACUCAUCCAGCUAUUUUGGGGCGUUCCGGUUUGACCCAUGAACAUGGAGGUUAAGGAGGGAAAAAGCUCUCUCACACAAGGGAAUACUAAACAUGUACUGUACAGUCGUGGUCAAAAGUUUUGGGAAUGACACAAGUAUUGGUCUUCACGAAGU